AUGGAAGGACUUCUGUUCCUGGGGCUUGUUGCAGUGAUUUCGGAAGCAUUUCCCGUUGGAAUGCACUCCGGGGAUAAAGUUUUGCGCCUGAGGCCUGGAAAUGAACAGCACGUCCAGUUCUUAAAGACCAUGUCUGACACUGAGAAGGUGGAUUUCUGGUUGCCAACCUGGGCAGAGUUAUUGAUGAUAAACUCGACUGCGGACAUCAGGGUCCCUGCAGAGUGGGUUUCUGAAAUUCUAAGUGAGCUGGAGAAGAUUGGAUUAAAAUAUGAGGUAUUAAAUGAAAACCUGCAAGUCUUGAUUACAGACAAGUUCAGUGAGACGUUAUCAGGAGCAAACUACAGUUAUGAAAAUUAUCAUAGUUGGGAACAGAUUGAAGCUUGGACUGCCAAAAUAGUGGAAAACAACCCAAGGCUAAUUUCCCGGGUAGAAAUUGGAAAGAGUUUUGAGGGAAGAAGCAUCUAUCUCCUUUGGGUUGGCAAGAGAAAGGGUGUGGUGAAACCUGCCAUCUUCAUGGAAUGUGGGAUCCACGCCCGGGAAUGGAUUUCUCCCGCCUUUUGCCAGUGGUUUGUGAAGGAGGCUGUUGAAUCCCAUGAAACUGGCUCCCCCCUGAAGACACUUCUCAAUGAAUUUGAUUUCCUGGUUGUUCCAGUUGUAAAUGUGGAUGGUUACUCUUACACCUGGACUGGGAAUCGAUUUUGGAGGAAAACACGCUCCAGAUAUCCAGGCAAUUACUGUACAGGCACCGACGCCAACCGAAACUUUGCUGCCAAGUGGUGCUCCACUGGUGCCUCGAAACAUCCAUGUUCUAGCGUUUACUGUGGACCAUCCGUGGAAUCUGAAUCGGAAGUCAAAGCUGUUGCGAACUUUGUCCGUGAACACGUUCACCACAUCAAAGCAUAUCUCGCGUUCCACUCAUACUCCCAGCUUCUUCUGUUUCCCUAUGGCUACACCUUAUCAUACUCAAUGGAUCAUGAAGAGCUGAAUGCCCUAGCUGGAAAUGCAGUCGCAGAAUUGAGAAGCCUUCAUGGAACUAACUAUUACUAUGGUCCUGGAAUAUCAAUAAUAUAUGCUGUAGCUGGAAGUUCAUCAGAUUGGGCCUAUGAUCUCGGCAUCAAAUAUUCGUUUACCUUUGAACUCCGAGACACUGGUGAACAUGGUUUCCUGUUACCUGAGUCCCUGAUCAAACCAACAUGUGAAGAGACUAUGCUGGCAAUCAACUACAUCGCCACUUACGUUCUCAAGCAUUCUUCUUAA